AUGCUGAAGCUAGGUAAACAGGGGAGCAAGGACGGCGCAGGUGUAGCCUCGAGAGAACGGCUAGAUUGGGGGGCACUCGAUGAGGAAAGAAAACAGAAGGGGCCGAGCUUGAUGGAGCAGAUGAUGGCAGAGGCAAUGGCGGCCAAGGAGGUGAAAUCUCAGGAGCAGCGGCUCGAACAGUCGAGAGACGCUAAGCAAACCUUCGGGGGCGGGCUGAAAAAGGGAUUCCUGUCACGUCCCACUCGCACUACUGCUGUCUCCUCAGCAGCACCAAAGAAACAAAACGGCGGGAGGAGAAGACAAAGAGGAAAAGAGAGCACGAGCGGUGCCCCCCCUGAAGUGGAGGGGAGCAUACCCGUCAUCACCGGUCGAAAGGCGUCGUCAGGAGGACUUGAGUUCGAUGUGUCCGCCGAAGCCAGUAGCACCACGAGUGACAGCCUUCUCCUGCCCGAGGUGCAGGAAGCGAUGAAGCACUCUGCAUCAAACCCCCUCGGUGGAGCCAGCGGUGGCGGGGGGGGGCAGGAAUGGUUAACGCCCGAGUUGCUCCAAAAAAUCUCCGAGAAGCCGCGGCUGGCGGCGAUGCUGACCGACCCUCGCUUCUCCAAAGCCAUGGAGCUCAUGUCUACCUCCCCAAAGGAUGCCCUCGGGAUGUUCGAAUCCAGCGCCGAGGCCCGAGAGAGUUUCACCGAGCUCAUGUCCCUGCUCUCGAAACAUUUCACGGCCAUGGGGGAUGCGGCCGACGAGAAGGCGGCGGCCGAGGAGGCGGACCGCAGGAGGGUAGCAGACGGGCCGCUGGCCCAAGAGGCGCUGCGACGGGCGGCGGAAGGGGUCGGCGUGGCGGCGACGCCUGCGACGGCGGAGGAAACCGCUACCGUCGACAAGGUCCUCCAGCAGCCGGAACUGAGAGAGCUUCUCAUGGACCCAGGUAUGCAGAGAGUGCUGCAGGAGUGUGGAGAACCCCAAGAGCUGGCGCGGUACAUGCGUCACCCGGAGUUUGGACCCAAGCUGCAGCUCAUGGCCAAGGCCGGGUUGAUUUCGUUCAGGCCUUGA